AUGAACGGCGUUGCCUCGGGCAGGAGCCCCUUUGACUAUGGCGCCUCCAACCUAUCGCCUGUCGGCGGCGGCCGGCUCGUAGGUGGUAAGGCCGCCGUUGAUGAGUUUGCCAGGAAUAUGCUCGUUGGCGAGGAUCGCGAUGCCUCACGAUACCCUCAAAUCAAUCGCACACCGAGCCCAGCCGUCGUCGACCUCAAGGACCCCAUCCAGAUCCACCUCCUCACCGAAACUGCCCUGGCCGACAGCAACAAAUAUGAAAUCCUCCCCCAAGAAGAGGUCGACAACCUCAAGAAGCAGUCCCAGCUCAUGAUGCAGCGCAUCGAAUCUACCAGAGCCAACCUCGCCAUCCAGGCCAAGUACCGAGAUGCUGCCCUGUCCAUGGCAAAGCUGUCUCCCGACGGUUCGCAGGACCCGCAGGCUGAACAAGAUGGCGCCGAGUCCCAACGAAAGUGCGAAGAACUCGCUCUCGAACUCUUCAACCUCGAAAAGAGUCUCAUGAUUCCGCAAAGGCGCAUCCUCGAGCACACGGCCGGUAUUCUCCAAAUCACCCACAAGGCUUCCAAGAAAAAGAAUGCUCAGCAAAGUCAAGUCGUCAACGGUAUUCCUGGAAGCCCCGAGAGCCUAUACACCUACUCUCACAGCCGCAAUAGCCUCGAUGCCGCCGGCGACGAUACCUAUUUCGAGGACGGCAUGUAUCCGCUCGACUCCGCGGGUCGCAAAAACGCCAUCGAGAUUCCCAUGAAAUCGCCCAACAGAGAGCGCGGCGAGAUGGACCGAGUCAAGGAGGAAAACCUCAUUCUCAUCAGGUCUGUCAGCGACUUUGAGGAGAAGCUCCGUGCCCUCAACGGGUCCCUGCGCGACACCAUUGUCCGAUUCAGCCCAGAUGUCAACAAGGACUACAUCGAGCCCCCUCGCAAUACGUCAAAUUCCAAGCCGUUGGAGAUGUUGCGACAGCAGCUUGAUUACCUCGAGACGGGUCUGGUCGCUGUCCAGGCCGAGCAGGAGUCUUCUUCUCAAACUGGCCCAAGUGAUGGCGCUGAGAGUGACGAAACUGUCCGUCACCUAUGGGGUGUCAUUCAGAACGAUUUUGCCGGCACCAGACAGCGACGAGAGGAGCGCCGCAGAGCACGUGUUGACAAGGGUCUGUCCGAGAAUGACGAGGACGAGGGUUCUGACGAUGAGUUUGAUCACUCUGAAGCAUACAACAUAAAAUCAUUUACAAAGCGGGUGAACUACUUGUCCUCGCAGACUGCCACACUCAAGGACCAGCGCACAGUCCUAAAACGACAGAUCAAGCAACAACGAGAACUCAACAACAAAUCCGAUGCUGAAAAGGACGAAGAGCUCGCGCGACGCCAAGAAGAGAUUGAAAGUGCUCGCCAGGCUGUUGCCCGCGCGGAAAGAGAUGCCAUGGAUGCUCAAAACAUGCUGUCAGAAGCCUUGCAAGACCUGGAACAGGCCCGCGCCCUUGCGACUUCUGCCGGAACUGCCCAAUCAGAUCUUCGGGAUCGCGAAGAGACUAUUGAGCUGCUAGAAAAGAAGAUCAAGAAGGUCGAGGCUGAAGGAAAGCGUUCUGGCGAGCUGACUGCAGAGCUAGAGAGGGCGGUUGCUGAAAAACAGGCUGCGGAAGCGGCCGCCGAGGCUCUCCAAGCCGACGCGAAGCAAAAGGACAAGCUACUCAAGAACAAGGAGAACGACGUGGACGAGCUGAACAUGACGAUUGCCGAAUUGAAGACUGAAGUCACCAUCGCCCGCGCCGAGCUGGAUGGAGCUUAUGGAACUCGCGCCGAACGCGCGGCCGAUGUGGCGGCUCUUAAGAACAAUGCCGAAGUACAAAAGCUCAGCAAUCAGAUUGAAAAGCUCAAGAAGGAGCUGGCUGGCACCGCCGAGGACCUCGAAAGUAUUACCAAGGAGACCCUAGGUGCCGAGCGAGAAAAGCUGGAACUCGAAGGCAAGCUAGACGAGGCUCUGCAAGCCAGACAGCAGGCGGAAGUAGGAGUAGAAAAGGCACGUGAGCAGAUUGCCACGCUCCAGGAAGAGCUGGACGGCCACCGCCUCCGCGUCGGUGGUGGCAAGGGCGGUGGUGCCGGUGCCUCUAUGCUCAGCGAGCAGUUCCGUGCCACGAUGAGGGAGGAGAGGAAGAAGUUCCAGGAGGACUUAAGGGAGGAGCGAGGCCGAGCCCGUAAGCUCGAAGAAGAACUCGCGCGCUUAAAACGGAGUCAAGGACCUGGCAAGAGUCCGUUGAGUCCGCGGUAA